CUGAGAGCAAGGAAGCUGAGGGAGAGAGAGAGAGAGAGAGAGACAGGAGCAGCGCUGAAUCUUCUGUCACUCUCUCUCACUCCAUCGUGAGAGCUACAGGACUCAUACUGUCCUCCAGCACACCCACACCCACACACUGAGAAAGAGAGAGAGAAUACACUGAAACACACUGAAGAGAAAACGGAAGGAUUUUCUGAUUUCUCCUGAGGAGCUGCAAAUAACCCUCGGAGAAGGAUGGCAGAGGGAGAGGGGGGAGAUGAAGAGAUACAGUUCCUACGGACGGAAGACCAAGUUGUGCUCCAGUGCACCGCGACUGUUCUGAAGGAGCAGAUCAAACUAUGCCUUUCCUGUGAAGGCUUUGGGAACCGUCUGUGCUUUCUAGAGACAACGUCAAAUGCCCAGAAUGUGCCGCCUGAUCUGGCAAUCUGUGCCUUUGUACUGGAGCAGUCGCUGUCAGUACGAGCCCUGCAGGAGAUGCUGGCCAACACUGUGGAGAUGAACGAGGCAGUCGAUUUGGAUAAAUGGUCAUUUCAGGGAGGGGGACACCGAACGCUGCUCUAUGGCCACGCCAUCCUCCUGAGACACUACCACUCUGGCAUGUAUCUCAGCUGCUUGACGACAUCACGUUCACUCACAGACAAGCUGGCCUUUGAUGUGGGCCUGCAAGAGGAUUCUACAGGGGAAGCAUGUUGGUGGACCAUCCAUCCUGCAUCCAAGCAGAGGUCAGAGGGUGAGAAGGUCAGGGUAGGAGACGACCUGAUCCUGGUUAGCGUGUCAUCAGAGAGAUACCUACAUCUGUCGUACGCCAGCGGGGACCUGAUGGUAGAUGCCUCCUUUAUGCAGACCUUAUGGAACAUGAAUCCAGUCUGCUCAGGCUGUGAGCUGGCAGAGGGGUACUUAACUGGAGGUCAUGUCUUAAGAUUGUUUCAUGGUCACAUGGAUGAGUGUCUGGCCAUCUCAACACCUGAUCAGGGAGAGGAGCAGCGCAAGUAA